AUGAUUGUCGAUGAGUAUAGAAAAGUAAAACAAACAUUGCAUUCCACCUGUGGCCCUUGCACUUUGUCUCUGAAAGCCGACCACCGCUUGUCACCAGCGCCUCUACCGUUAGAGCCGAGCCUGGCUGGCGGGUGGCCGAGUGAACGGGCGGUCUCCUCUCGGGCCAGGAUGCUCUCGAACGCCUUGAACUACUUGAACGAGAAGCGCAAACGCCUGAGCAGGGCGGGCACUUUGCCCAACCUUCGGCUGCGGCCGGACACGCCGGUCGGUCAAGCUGUGCAAAUGGUGGGUGCGAGUCCGAGUCCUAGUCCGAGUCCGAGUCCGGUGUCGGGGCCGGUGUCGGGGCCGGUGUCGGAGCCGGAGCGGCGCAACGCCGAGGUGCAGUGCUGCUUGGAUGGGGGCGAACGAGUGCGGCUGGAGGGCAAGUCGUCGAGUCCAGUCGUCGAGGCCGGCGGCGGUCGAGCGGGUGGGCUGUUGCGAGGCGGCCGCGGAAAGUCGUGGCGAGCCGGAGGCAAAGCGACUCGGCCCGGCGGCUCGGCGACCACUUCGCUCAGCGGACCGACUUCGGGUCGCGCGAGUCCGGCCGGCGGCAGCGGAGACUCGAGCCGCUCCGAACUGGACGUCGAGUUGGCCGGACUCGUCGUCCGGCCGGCGCGGCACUCAAAGUUGCGCCUCUGCCGCACCCUCCACAUCGACGCGCCCAGCGCCGCGGCCACGCUCCGGGGCGACUCGGUCUCGGUGUCUGUUUCCGUUUCGCCGUCGCCGUCCACCUCGUCGGCGUCGGCGUCGGCGUCGACGUCGGCGUCGCGCUGCGUCGUCCAAUGGCUGGGCGCCAGCCUCGUCGCCAGACGAGCGCCGCGGUCGCCCAUCGACUCGGCCGAUCUGGACGACGACGAUGGCGGCGGUUUCGUCUACGCCGCCGCCAACGGGCUCGGCCAGCCGCGGCACGCCGGCUUCGGCGACAGCCCCUACAGCAGCGACGGCGAACUGGCCAGGCCGCCGGAGCUGCGCACGUCCGCCGGCGGCCACGUCAAGCCGGCGCGUCCGCGAGCGUCGCCGCGUCAAGCCGGUCAGACGUCGACGCGCCGGCGCGGCGCGGAGCAGGCGACGCGGAAAGACGACGCAGGCGAGGAGGCCGGCUUCUGCUACCGGUCCAGCGUGGAGGUGGGCGGCGCGCCGAGCCGGACCGAACGGCGAUGCGUUUGGCGCGCCACGACUCCGGACUCGUGGCUCGAUCGGCGUAGCCGUCUCGACGGCGAGACGACUGGCCCAGCUGGGCCGGCGGGAAAAGCGACCAACGGCGACGGCGACGGCGACGGCGACUUGGAGGUCGACGGCGACGGCGACGGCGAGAAGAGGCGGCGCUUUUCAGGCCAGUGCCGCUGGCUGGCGGCGCGCCGCGUUUCCGGCCGCCGCAGCAACACGACCGACGCCAUUUGCUUGCAUAAAACCGACAGUCGCUCGACUCGCCGUCAGGCGCCUCGCCUCGCCGCCAAAGGCGCCGUUGCUGCGAAGCAGCGCCGCGCGCGCAGCGUAGACGAACGCAGCAGGCGCGCCUCGUCGCAGGCGCCGGCGUCCGCGUCGACGUUGGCGUUGACGUUGGCGCCGUCGCAGCCGCCGCCACCGCUCGCCGACCUCGGCCCCGCCUUGGCGCUUUGUCUCAACGCCGAGUUCGCCACUCGACUGCACCCCUGGCCACUCUGCGACCCACCCGCCGACGUCAACGUCAACGCCAACGUCGACGCCUCUCCGCCAGGCCCCCGGCUCCUUCAGCACGCCUGUCCCGCGGUCGUGAUGGCGACGCGCGACACCAUCUUUCAGUCAUCCUCGAGCCCCGAC